ACGGCUACAACAUGAAAUUAUUCUUAGCUGCUUGCGUAUACUUCACGGUGGCCAUUGCCACCACGUCGCAAAUCGCCGUCUACCACCUCAAUGACUUAUCCAAGCCAUCACUAAUUCCCUAUGUGUCGUCCGAGGAGGCCUUGAUGUAUUUGAGCGAUAAGCUUGACCUCAAUGUGUUUAAGUUAAGUGACUACAACAAGCAUGAAACCAUCGAGUUCAUCGAACAACAAAACGAAAUCAACCCGCCAAAUGACAGGCCUACGUUGGUGGUGUCACUUAGUGGCGUCGAGUUGUCGGAACAGCCUUCUUUCAAAAUUUCCAACCCCAACAAGUUCUGGAAUCAGUACCACCAGAUGAUCAAGUCGGCCACCAAGGCGGUACCGGUAACAGAGGAAAUCAGCGUAGUGGCCAGUGACGCCAGCACUGUCAGUGGCUUGAAAGACCACUUUAAGUACUUUGAUGUGAAGCUCCAGUCGAUUUGGAGCAACUUCAAACAGAACAUCUUCUCCAAUGAUAUCAACUACGUCAACGACAAGUUCUUCAUCACCGAAAUCAGCCAGUUGGUCCAUUUGAAUGACCACACCUUCGGCCCUCACGACGUGGUGUUAGUGCAGUUGAACUCACUUCACUCGAUGUCUGGUAAAAUCGGACAAGACAGCCAGACGUACCAAUCGAGUGAAAACAUUUUGAACUCGUUGUUGAAGUUGUCACAGUUCGAUAUUCUCGUCAUUGACAAUGCGGUACCAGCCCCAUUGCAGUUGGCUAAGAGAAACCAACAGUUGCAAAAGGUGUUUAGAGAUGCUACUCUUCAAACUAACGGAUGUUUCGAUAAGGAAGAAACUUGCCAGGUGCAGACAUCCAACUGCAACUCGCACGGUCUUUGCACCAAGGUGUCCACAGGAUGCUGGUCAUGUGCGUGCUCCGCGACCUUCAACCAGACGUUGUCGAAAACCACCAACUGGUCGGGCUUUGACUGCUCAAAGAGAGACAUUUCCACCACCGCCAACUUAUUGUUAUGGUCGUCAUUGGCCCUCUUGGUGAUGUUUGUGUACGGGGUCAAAUUGUUGGUCUCUGUCGGGAACGAACCCUUGCCUCCUGUGUUGGACACCACUCAAUAAUACUUUCAUAGAUCAAAAGAAUCACCCAAUCGAUAAUGCGCACU